CUCGUGCGACCUAUGAUACCUCAAGGACAGAUUUAAAGCUAGUUUUACCUCAUUUUAUUGGCAUUGGGGAACUACUGUGAUGACGUUUGAAAGUAUGCUACAGCGGCUCCUGGUCCUAAUCAGAGCGAGUCGCGUUCCUGGCUGGUUCUUCGGACCCAUUCUCUACACGAUCGGCGUAAUACACUCUCGUGUGCUUCCAAAAACUACUUUGGACAUCCUACGAUCCGGAUUUCAACUCUUCUGCUUGUCUUUUCCAUUAUGUAUCAUUGUUUUCGGCGUAAAUGACGUGUACGAUUAUCCAUCCGAUAUACGCAACCCACGCAAACAUGAGCAGUCACUAGAGGGUGGAAUUUUGGAUCCCAUUUAUCAUGAUUUCGUACUCUCUUCGGCGCGCGUCGCCUCAGCGCUCAUUCUCCUGUCAUCUUUCAUCCCUUCGCAAUCCUCGCCGCGAAAUUUCCAACAACCAACCUUAACUACGUUCAUCCUCUUUCUCAGCUGGCAAUACUCCUCUCCUCCGCUACGUCUCAAGGAGAGACCCAUAUUGGAUUCACUCUCCAAUGGGGCACUUGUUUGGUUAUGUUGGGCACUUGGAUACACCUCUUCAGGUUCGGCGCUUUUCGGUGCGAGUGCUGGAGAGGGUGCGGAGAAGGGUUGGCUUUUGGCGUUUUGCACAGCUGGUGUGCAUGCUUUGGGCGCUGCUGCUGAUGUGGAAGCAGACAUCGCUGCGGGACAGAGGACGAUUGCGACGGUGUUUGGAGAAAGGUUGGCUGCAGGCUUCUCUGCUGCACUCUAUCUGCUUGCGUCAACAACUGUGGAGCCAACAUCGUUCGUAGGGAUCUACAGUUUUGUGGGUACCGUAAUCUCGCUUGUACCAGUCUUCAGACCGGAAUGGGCACAUCAGACAUUCAAGACCAUUGUAUAUGUAUCUGUCAUUGGGGCAACAGGAUGGAUUGGUGAAAGGGCUUUAGGUAUCUUGAAGAGCAGGAAGGCGGGAUAAUCAGAGGGAACCAUGUUUUUGAAAUCGAUUAUCGAUCGUUUAGAUUACUUCAUAGGUAUAUUCAUUCAUCACGAAGACCACAUAGUGGACCUUGCAGUGACAGUGGCAGGAGUUUGAAUUCCAUUGCUGUUCAGAAAGGACAGCC